AUGGUCCAUCUGCAGGAUGGGAACUAGACACUUCCCAGUAGCGUGAGUACCUCAGAUGACAGAAAUACAUUACCCACCAUACUCUGCUCGUUCAAUAUGGCGGCGCCCAUGUUACAUGCUCUCCGUGCAGCUUGUCCUCGCCUGUCCCUGUCACAUUUCCGCCGCUUUUCAAGCACUGCCGAGCCCUUGCUCUCUGGGUCGGGUCGCGGCCUGUAUAAGAACGUAUUCCCCGCUGAGGGAAAUGGUCUCGCCGAGUUACUGCAAGCAGGUUCUCAGACCGUGUACUGCGGUUUCGACCCCACGGCUGACUCGCUACAUGUAGGGAAUCUGCUGGCGUUGAUGGGUCUGUUACACUUCCAGCGGGCCGGACACAACGUUAUAGCUGUGAUCGGGGGCGCCACAGCCCAGGUGGGAGACCCCAGUGGUCGCAGCAAGGAGAGAGAAGCGCUGAGUGCUGACUGUAUCCAGCACAACGUAAGGGGGCUGCGGGACAGCCUGAACCGGGUUUUGGGCAACCACGAGCUAGUGUGUGGUCCCCCCGCCCGGCCGGGUGGCACCAUAACAGUACUAAACAAUGAGUCCUGGUACCGGGGGCGGCAAGCUGUGGAGUUCCUGGGGUCGGUGGGGCGCCACUUUAGGAUGGGCACCCUGCUUAGUAGGCACAGCGUGCAGAGCCGGUUGCAGAGCCCCGAGGGCAUGAGCCUAGCUGAGUUUGUGUACCAGGUCUUACAGGCCUAUGAUUUUUACUACCUGAACCGCCAGCACGGCUGCAGGAUCCAGCUGGGAGGCAGCGACCAACUGGGCAAUAUCAUGUCCGGGCACGAGUUCAUAAACAGAACAACAGGCGAAGAUGUAUUUGGGAUCAUACUACCUCUGAUUACCAGCACUACUGGAGAUAAACUAGGCAAGUCAGCUGGAAACUCUGUUUGGCUGAAUAGAGACAGAACAUCUCCAUUUGAGUUUUAUCAGUUUUUCGUCCGACAGCAGGACAGUAACAUUGAAAGGUUUCUGAAACUUUUCACUUUCCUUCCACUUGCGGAGAUUAAACACAUUAUGGAAAUGCACUUUAAGGAGCCUGAGAAGCGAGGGCCACAUAAAAGGUUGGCUGCAGAGGUGACCAAACUUGUACAUGGUAAAGAAGGUCUGGAAUCUGCCAAGAGGUGUACACACGCUCUGUAUCAUAGCCGUAUUGAUGCCCUGGAAUCCAUGUCUGACCAGGAAUUGCAGGAACUGUUCAGUGAAGCACCUUUUGCAGAGUUAAUGCUUGAGCCUGGCACUAGAGUGCUUGAUGCCUGUCUGAGGAUUUCUGCCAUUCCAGAUGGUGCACAGGGGUAUGAGAUCAUCGCCAAUGGAGGCGUCAGCAUUAAUCACGUGAGAGUCACAAAUCCCGACGAGGUUCUUGUGAUGGGGCAACACAUUCUAAAGAACGGACUUUCUCUUGUCAAAGUCGGGAAGAAAAACUUCUACAUUAUAAAAUGGCUCCAUUUGUGACACCAGAGUAAUAGUGCUCAUUACAGGGGAAGUCAAGAUAUUUCCCAUUGAAGAGUCAAACUUUGGAUGUUUUCUAAUAUUUGCAAACUUCCCAAAAAAGGAAGUGAAUAUUUAUUACUCACUAAGUGAGCAUUUUGUUUUGUAAAUAAAUGUAUCUGAAAAUA